AAACCGUGAAAUUAAGUGAACUAUAUUUAUAACAUUUUUUAUAGAAAAUUUUCAUUACAAAUUUGGAGCGCAAGCGCAUCGACAAUAAGAGUGUCCAAAGCUAAUCACAAUGGGCGCAGGACAAAUAGGCGGGAUUGCUACGUUAUUGGACAUGGAUUUUAAGAAUCCCGCGGGGUUCUUGGGUGAAAUAGCGCCAAUUAACGACGCGCAGUAUUUGGUUCACUUUCUGUCACAUUCGAUGUUGUUCUGCCUGGGCGCCAUAAUAGAAGCACACGUGAUAAUAACACCGGCUAUCUGCGUUGUGGGGGAACGGUACAAAUUCGCCGUGUACGGCGGGACCAACAAAUUUCUAGAGAACGCGGGUAUAGAGCGACAAAUAAGUCAUAUUUGCAUACACAGAGGAUACAACAAAACCAAUCACUGGAGUGAGUGUACUCCUAACAUGCAGCUGGCACUGAUGAUGACCCACAAACCGUUCUCCUUCCAUGACAGAGAGCCGGGAGCAGACUUCGUCAUCAACAGGAUUCGGUACGGGCACCUACCAGGUCUCCAGUACCCUUCUUACAUACAGUGUGCAUAUCAUGGAUUUGGUAGCAGAAGAAAUGGAUACUUGAUCCCGCUACUAAUUGACCUGCGCAGGCACGUGGUCACCGUACAUUCGCCUGUGUAUUGCGCCAAAAAAUGGAACUACGUUGACGCCUAUUUAUGUAUGGACACGCCGCCAUGUCUGUCAGAGAAAUACGGAGCGUUGUGUCCGGACGAUGUUGGUUCAGUUAUAGUGUGUGAUGGAGUCGCAAAGGGCAUGAUGAUUUCCCGUCUCGUGGAUAGACCUUGCGGAUCAGGGUUCGUGGAUCUUGAAAGAUACAGAAAGUUCAUAACGUGCGGAGUUGACGAUUCUAGAGAAGUUAUCCAUCAUGACGAGUUUCUCAUGUAUGACUUCACACCCCCAGCUACACCAGAGGUCAUUACACCAUUCGCUCCUACCGAGGAUAUUUCAGAAGAAAUUAAAACAGAUACAGCAGAGGCCGUCCCGGAACCAGAGGAAGAAAAGGCAGAAGUGAAGGUAGAAGAAAAAACAGAAGUGAAAGAAGAAAAAGAGGAGAAGAAAGACAAAGUUGUAGCAGAAGAGAAAAAUGAUAAAAAGGAGGAAGACACUGACGACGACGAAGUUAGAAAGUAAUUUAUUUUUAUUUCUAACUUAGCGGCAUUCGUUAAUAAUAAUCUCAAUCUUCAUGAG